AUGAUGAUCCUAGUUGUGAAGAAGGGAUUGCUUACUGUAGAUAUGGAAAGUGAUAUUAAAGACAGCAAGAAAAUAGAAAAAAAGUCACCGACACACCAGCCCACUAGUGGGAAAGUAGCAAAGGAUGCAGGGGCAGCAGUGCCAUACGCGCUUGGGAGCGGCCUGCACGAACCCAGAGUGGCAGUGACUGAGCAGCUCAUGGCCAACCAACGUGAGCCAGCGGUGGUGGUGACAGAGCGACCCACACAAGCCCACAGUGGCAACGCCAUAGGGGACCAGGAGCAGCCUGCAAGAGCAUCACCAGUGGCAGCGGUGCCAGAGGGGCAUGGGUGUGGCCCACAGACAUCUGCAGUGGUGCCAGAGGGUCUUGGGAGUGGCCCGAGGGAGCUGGCUGCGGUGGAGAAGGAACAGCCCAGGAACAACCAUUAUAUUGAAGAUGACUUUGAUGCUGGUUGUGAAGACAUAGAUUGCAAGUUGAUGCCUCCUCCCCCUCCACCCGCAGGACCUAUGAAGAAGGAUAAAGACCAAAAUGUUAUUAUUACCUGUGUGUCUGAGGAUGGAGAAGGCAUUAUCUUGCCCUCCAUCAUUGCCCCUUCCUCUUUGGCCUCAGAGAAAGGGGACUUCAGUAGUUCCUCUGACUCAGAAAUUGAGAUGGGACCCCAGGAAGUAACACAGGCAGAAUCUGAGAACAGAAAACUGACCCUACCAUUGGCUGGGAUUAUGCAGUAUGAUGCCACGAAGCUGUUGCCAAGUGUCACAGAACUCUUCCCAGAAUUUCGACCUGGAAAUGUGUUACGCUUCCUACGUCUUUUUGGGCCAGGGAAGAACGUCCCAUCUGUUUGGCGGAGUGCUUGGAGAAAGAGGAAAAAGAAGCACCAUGAUCUGAUACAAGAAGAGCAGAUCCAGGAGGUGGAGUGCUCAGUAGAAUCAGAAACCAACCAGAAGUCUUUGUGGAACUAUGACUAUGUUCCACCACCACCUCCAAAGCAGUAUCUCUCUGGUGAUGAAAUCACGAUGAUGGCUCCUGUGGAGUCCAAAUUUUCCCAGUCAACUGGAGAUAUAGAUAAAGUGACAGAUAUCAAACCAAAAGAGGCUGAGUGGCGUUACGGGCCUGCCCGACUGUGGUAUGAUAUGCUGGGUGUCCCUGAAGAUGGCAGUGGGUUUGACUAUGGCAUGAAACUGAGAAAGAUGGAACAUGAACCUGUGAUAAAAAAUAAAAUGAUGGAGGACUUUAGGAAGCUUGAGGAAAGCGAUGGCACUGAUCUUCUGGCUGAUGAAAACUUCCUGAUGGUGACACAGCUGCAUUGGGAGGAUGAUAUCAUCUGGGAUGGAGAGGAUGUCAAACCCAAAGGGACAAAACCUCAGUGUGCAAGCCUGGCAGGCUGGCUUCCGUCCAGCAUGACGCCUAAUGCCAUGGCUUACAACGUUCAGCAAGGUUUUGCAGCCACCCUGGAUGAUGACAAGCCUUGGUAUUCCAUUUUCCCCAUUGACAAUGAAGAGCUGGUAUAUGGACGCUGGGAGGACAAUAUCAUUUGGGAUGCCCAGGCCAUGCCCCGACUGUUGGAGCCUCCUGUUUUGACACUUGAUCCCAAUGAUGAGAAUCUCAUUUUGGAAAUUCCUGAUGAGAAGGAAGAAGCCACCUCUAACUCCUCCUGUAAGGAGAAUAAGAAGGAAUCAUCUCUGAAGAAGAGUCGAAUUCUCUUAGGGAAAACAGGUGUCAUCAAGGAGGAACCACAGCAGAACAUGUGUCAGCCAGAAGUGAAAGAUCCAUGGAAUCUCUCCAAUGAUGAAUAUUACUACCCCAAGCAACAGGGUCUUAGAGGCACUUUUGGAGGAAAUAUUAUCCAGCACUCAAUUCCUGCUGUGGGGGUACAGCAGCCCUUCUUUCCCACCCACAUGGGGCCCAUCAAACUCCGGCAGUUCCAUCGCCCACCUCUGAAGAAGUAUUCCUUCGGGGCACUAUCUGAGCCAGCUCCUCAUUCAGUCCAGCCCUUGCUAAAGCACAUCAAAAAGAAGGCUAAGAUGAGAGAACAGGAGAAGCAAGCUUCAGGUGGUGGAGAGAUGUUUUUUAUGCGCACACCUCAGGACCUCACAGGCAAAGAUGGAGAUCUUAUUCUUGCAGAAUACAGUGAGGAAAAUGGACCAUUAAUGAUGCAGGUUGGAAUGGCAACCAAGAUAAAAAAUUACUAUAAGCGGAAACCUGAAAAAGACCCUGGAGCCCCUGAUUGUAAAUAUGGAGAAACUGUUUACUGCCAUUCAUCUCCUUUUCUGGGAUCUCUCCAUCCUGGCCAAUUACUGCAGGCAUUUGAGAACAACCUUUUUCGUGCCCCUAUUUACCUUCAUAAGAUGCCAGAAACUGACUUUCUUAUCAUUCGGACAAGACAAGGUUACUAUAUUCGGGAAUUAGUGGAUAUUUUUGUGGUUGGCCAGCAGUGCCCCUUGUUUGAAGUUCCUAGGCCUAAGUCCAAAAGGGCGAAUACACACAUUCGAGACUUUCUGCAGGUUUUUAUUUACCGCCUCUUCUGGAAGAGUAAAGAUCGGCCACGGCGGAUCCGAAUGGAAGAUAUAAAAAAAGCCUUUCCUUCCCAUUCAGAAAGCAGCGUCCGGAAGAGGCUAAAGUUCUGCGCUGACUUCAAACGCACAGGGAUGGACUCAAACUGGUGGGUGCUGAAAUCUGAUUUUCGUUUACCAACUGAAGAGGAGAUCAGAGCUAUGGUGUCUCCAGAGCAGUGCUGUGCUUAUUAUAGCAUGAUAGCUGCUGAGCAGCGACUAAAGGAUGCUGGCUAUGGUGAGAAGUCCUUUAUUGCUCCAGAAGAAGAAAAUGAGGAAGAUUUUCAGAUGAAGAUUGAUGAUGAGGUUCACACAGCUCCUUGGAACACCACAAGGGCCUUCAUUGAUGCCAUGAAGGGCAAGUGUCUCCUGGAGGUGACUGGGAUGGCAGAUCCCACAGGGUGUGGUGAAGGGUUCUCGUAUGUGAAGAUUCCAAAGAAACCAACACAGCAGAAGGAUGAUAAGGAGCCUCAGCUAGUGAAGAAAACAGUGACAGGAACAGAUGCAGAUCUCCGUCACCUCUCUCUGAAAAAUGCCAAGCAACUUCUUCGUAAAUUCGGUGUGCUUGAGGAAAAGAUUAAAAAGUUUUCCUGCUGGGAAGUGAUUGAUGCUGUACGCACAGUGUUAACAGAACAGGCCCACUCUGGAGAGGGACCCAUGAGUAAAUUUGCUCGUGGAUCAAGGUUUUCUGUGGCUGAGCAUCAAGAGCAUUACAAAGAGGAAUGUCAGCGCAUCUUUGACCUACAGAACAAGGUUUUGUCAUCAACUGAAAUCUUAUCAGCUGACACAGAUAGCAGCUCAGCUGAAGACAGUGACUUUGAAGAAAUGGGAAAGAACAUCGAGAACAUGUUGCAGAAUAAGAAAACCAGUUCUCAGCUACUACGUGAACGGGAGGAGCAGGAGCGAAAGGAACUACAGAAGAUGUUAUUGGCGGCCUCUAGUGCAGCAGCAGGAAACAGUCACAGAGACAAUGACACAGCUUUUGUGACUAGCCUGUACUCUUCUGCCACUGGCCGUUGUCUUAAGAUUUAUCGCACAUUUCAAGAAGAAGAAGGGAAAGAGUAUGUUCGCUGUGAGAUAGUGAGAAAGCCAGCUGUCAUCGAUGACUAUGUGCGUAUACGGAACACAAAAGAUGAGGAAUUCAUUCAAAAAUUUGCCCUUUUUGAUGAGCAGCAUCGAGAAGAGAUGAGAAAAGAAUGGCGCAGGAUUCAAGAUCAGCUGAGGCGGUUUAAGAGGAACCAGGAAAAUGAGAAGCUGAAGGGCCCUCCUGAGAAUCCCCAAAAAAUGAAGGAGCGUCCUGGCCUAAAACAGAAAUGUGGGGCUUGUGGUGCCAUUGGGCACAGGAGGACAAACAAAUUCUGCCCCCUCUAUUAUCAAACAAAUGCCCCACUUUCCAACCCUGUUGCCAUGACUAAGGAGCAGGAGAAGGAGUUGGAAAAGACAGUCAUUCAUAGUGAUAAUGAAGAACUUAUCAAGGUUGAAGGGACCAAGAUUGUUUUGGGGAAACAGCUAAUUGAGAGUGCACAUGAAGUUCGCAGAAAAUCUCUGGUUCUCAAGUUCCCUAAACAUCAAUUUCCUCCAAAGAAGAAACAGCGAAUUGGAACCACUGUUCACUAUGACUAUUUGAAUAGACCUCCUAAGUUCAUUCACCGGCGCCAGACAGACCCCAUGGUGACAUUGUCCUCCAUCUUGGAGUGUAUCAUCAGUGACAUGAGAGAGCUUCCAAAUACAUACCCUUUCCACACUCCAGUCAAUGGAAAGGUUGUCAAGGACUACUACAAAAUUAUCACUCGACCAAUGGAUUUACAAACACUCCGUGAAAAUGUGUGUAAACACCAUUACCCAUCUCGGAAAGAGUUCAGAGACCAUUUGGAACUAAUUGUAAAAAACAGUGCAAUCUACAAUGGUCCAAAGCACUCACUGACCCAGAUCUCUCAAUCCAUGCUGGAUCUCUGUGAUGAAAAAUUCAAAGAGAAAGAAGAAAAAUUGGCUCGUUUAGAGAAAGCUAUCAACCCCUUGCUGGAUGAUGAUGACCAAGUGGCAUUUUCUUUCAUUCUAGACAACAUUGUCACCCAGAAAAUGAUGGCAGUUGCAGAUUCGUGGCCAUUUCAUCACCCAGUUAAUAAGAAGUUCGUUCCAGAUUAUUACAAAGUGAUUGUGAGUCCAAUGGAUUUAGAGACUAUACGUAAGAAUAUCUCCAAGCACAAGUAUCAGGGUCGGGUCAGCUUUCUGGAUGAUGUCAACCUUAUUCUGGCCAACAGUGUUAAGUACAAUGGGCCUGAGAGUCAGUAUACUAAGACUGCUCAGGAGAUUGUGAACAUCUGUUACCAGACAUUGACUGAGUAUGAUGAGCAUUUGACUCAACUUGAGAAGGAUAUUUGUACAGCUAAAGAAGCAGCUUUGGAGGGAGCAGAUUUAGAAAGCUUGGACCCCAUGAUUCGAGGCCCUUACACAUCCCAGCCUCCUGAUUUGUAUGAUAACAGCACAUCCCUCAGUAUGUCUCGAGAUGCCUCUGUAUUUCAAGAUGAGAGCAAUAUGUCUGUCCUGGAUAUUCCUACUGCCACGCCAGAAAAGCAGGUAACAGAGGAAAGUGAAGAUGCAGAUGGUGAUCUUGCAGAUGAAGAGGAAGGAACUGUGCAACAACCUGAAGCUAGUGUUCUGUAUGAGGAUUUGCUUAUGUCUGAAGGAGAAGAUGAUGAGGAAGAUGCUGGGAGUGAAGAAGAAGGAAGUAAUCCUUUCUCUGCUAUCCAGCUGAGUGAAAGUGGAAGUGACUCCGAUGUGGGAUCUGGUGGGAUAAGACCCAAACAGCCCUGCAUGCUUCAAGAGAACACAAGCAUGGGCCUGGAAAAUGAAGAAAACAUGAUGUCCUAUGAGGGAGAUGGUGGGGAGGCUUCUCCUGGUCUGGAGGAUAGCAACAUCAGUUAUGGGAGCUAUGAGGAGCCUGAUCCCAAGUCGAACACCCAAGACACAAGCUUCAGCAGCAUCGUUGGGUAUGAGGUAUCAGAGGAAGAAGAUGAGGAGGAAGAGCAGCGCUCUGGGCCGAGCAUACUAAGCCAGGUUCAACUGUCAGAGGACGAGGAGGACAGUGAGGAUUUCCACUCCAUUGCUGAGGACAGUGACUUGGACUCUGAUGAAUGAGGCUUCCUUUGGGCCUCCUUGGUCAGCCUUCCCUGUUCUCCAGCCUAGGUGGUUCACCUUUCCCCAAUUUAUUUAUAUAUGUACAGUGUCUGAUCCUGAAAACACCAGGUUAACUAACACCUUAGCCUUUUAAGAGUAGUAAGUAAAUGAUAACAGAUCACCUCUCCUUAUCUUCCUGGGGAAACAUCACCACACUUCGAUUUAAAAGCAACCCCCUUCCCCUACUACUAAGAAAAAGAGAGCAAUCUCCUCCAUCUCUAGAGCCAACUUUAAUUCCAUUUAAUUGCUCUUGGUAUCAUUUUUCCCUGUGGAGGGAGGGAAAUUAUGAAAGGACUAAUAACUUUAUGUCCUCUUGAUGUAUUAGAAAUUCUUCAAGAAUGGUAUCAUCUCAAUUUUCUAAUUUGUAGGCUGGAACAGGUGACAGCCCCCUUGCUGGGACAGAGAAUUGGAUUGUGGUGGACUCUGUAUCACACUAAAAACAUAUCUGUUGGACAAA